AUGAAACUAAUUCUUCUGCUAUGUCUGUCAAUCGGCGUUCAGCAGAUUUCCUCACAGUAUCUCUACUACUACUAUCCAUCAUCUUAUACACCACUUUACUACUAUUACCCUACUACUACUUUGACCCAACCAAUGAACGAUCCACGUAUGGUUGGAGGAGUGAAUGGACAACAGCCACAACAGCAACAAUAUCAACAACAGUAUGGCGAUGGGUAUGUGAUUGGCGCAGCUAAUGUACAACAACCACAACAGCAAUAUUAUGCACAACAACCAUAUCAACAACAGGCGCAGCCACAAAUUACUGAUAACCAAAAACAACAACAGCAGCAGCAGCUGUACUACAAUCCUGGGGCAUCGCAAAUGCCAAUACAACAAGCAGAGGGAUAUCAGUACACACAGUAUAAUCAACCUACUGCUCAACAACAGUAUGACUACUCCUCUCAGUAUAUUCAACAGCAACCACUCCUACAAAAUGGUGCCCAACAGCAAUAUUACCCGCAGAACAGCCAAACCAUCAGUUCUACUCCAUCGUCUAACACCUUAAACUACAAUACUCCACUGAAGAAGUUGAGGAAAAGAAAAUAA